AUGGGAAUGGUGAAUGGGUGUCAAGUUUUUAACCUUUUCAAGUACUACAAUGGGUGGGGGAAUUUGGGUUCUCAAUUUUCCACAAGUUAAACAGAUGCGUAAGAAAUUAUAUAUUGGAUCUAUCAAACCCACGUACAAUCCAAACUUUGUUUUUUUUUUUUUUGACAGUUUCUAUAUCAUCUUUGGAAGUCUAGGAAACACAAAAUAAAAGAAAUAAAUAAUCAGCUUGGGAAAGGGAAAAAGGCAGCUUAGAUCUCUCUUCAACUCUAUGACAAAAGCAGGAAACAGAUUGAGGAAAAAGCCAGAGACCCGUGCCUGCAAAUCCACUUGUUUCUGCAACUCACCCAACAAAAUGAGGUGAGAGCUACCCGUUUUUUUUUUCUUCCUUUGCUAUGUUCUCAGUGUCUCCUUCAUACUCUUUAUCUUCUUUUGUAUUUAUUGCUGAUGCCAAUAGGAGAACACUUCUGAAUUUGCUUCUUUUCUUUCACAUUCUAUUCCGUGUUUCUUCAAAAGGCUUUCCAUAUCAUGGCAAAAUGAAUAGUACCCAUCAAUUCUAGUAGGUCGGUUCUCAUGGUCAAAUGAACAGUGCUCAUCAAUUGUCAACUUGUCCUUUCCGUUUCUGAUUCUGUUCCCCUUUUUUUUUUCUUUUGUUCCUAUUCUGGGCAGUUCUUUCUUGAAUUUUUGAGCUUUGAGAAGAGGCUAAACUUUAAGUUCUUAAAACUUAUCAGUCAUCUGGUUUCUCACCCUGAAUUGCAGUUUCUGGCAAUUACAUGCUUUGUUUUGCCUUCAUCUCAACUUGUAAAUGUCAAAUUUUCUUCCUUUUUUAUCCGGUAACUUGUUAUCUUAAAUCUUUAAUGUUUUGUUAUGGUCUCUUUGUACUCCAAAAUCUGAACUUUGUUGAAUUUAGGACUAGAUAGCUUACUAUGCCUUCAAAUCUGCUUCCUUCAGAGCUACAAUUUUGUGUUCCCGGCAACUUGAUGUCAGUUUGGUGCAAAAGAGCUGCCAAAUAAGGUUUCGGGAGAAAUUAUGCUUCGCUGCUUCUUGUAUAGACGGUAGAGAACCCAUUUUUCUUUCUGUAUAUCCUCCUUAGUUUAGGGUCAAGAAAAUUUCCUUCUUUUUUGUCUAUCCGGGGUAUUUUGUUGUUCUCUUCCAAGACCUUAUUUUGGCUCAAUUCGGAGUUUUCUAAUGGAAAGUCGAGCUUUUAUUCGUUUUCUGUGCUUUUUUGCACUAUCUACCCUCCUUUUGUCUGAAACCUGUAUGGCUAGCAUUCAAACUGUUGGGAUGAUUAAACCAGGAUUUCAAGGUUCUCAAAUGAAUUGGAUCGACAAUAAUGGGGUGUUUCUCGUAUCUAACAACUCAGAAUUUGGUUUCGGCUUUACCACUACUUCAGAUGUCACGUUGUUUCUACUAGUUAUCGUCCACAUGGAGACUACAAAAGUAAUCUGGGCCGCUAACAGAGACUCCCCUGUUUCGAAUUCUGAUGACUUUGUGUUUGACAAAAAUGGUAACGUGUUAUUACGGAAAGGAGUAAGUGUGGUUUGGACAACAAAUACUGGUGACAAAGGAGUUUCUGCUAUGGUAUUGCAGGAUUCGGGGAAUUUGGUUUUGCAAGGGGAUGGUGGCAAAGUAGUGUGGCAGAGUUUUGAGCAUCCAUCUGAUACCCUUAUUUCAAACCAAGAGUUUAGAGAAGGAAUGAGACUUGUUAGCAAUCCUAGCGCCAGUAACUUGAGCUAUAUUCUUGAAAUCAAAUCAGGCGACAUGAUUCUUUCAGCAGGUUACUCAACUCUGCAGCCCUAUUGGUCCAUGGGGAAGGACACGCGAAGAACCAUUAACAAAAAUGGUGGGGAGGUCGCCGUAGCAUCUCUUGAUGCGAAUUCAUGGAGUUUAUUUGAUGAAAGCAAAGUCUUGCUAUGGCAAUUUACAAUCUCAGAUCCUAUUGAUGCAAAUGCCACUUGGAUUGCAGUGUUAGGAAGUGAUGGCCGUAUAUCUUUCUUCAAUCUCCAUGAUAAAGGGUCCUCUUCAACAACAAAAAUUCCAGCAGAUCUGUGUGGCACGCCAGAAGCUUGUCAGCCAUAUUUUGUUUGUUCAGGAACUUCAGACAACACCAGGUGCCAGUGUCCAUCAGGGCUUGGCAAUUGCAAAACAGGUAUUGCCUCUCCCUGCAGUCAGGGAAAGGAUGCUGUAGAUCUUUUUGAUGCUGGAACGGGGCUCAAUUAUUUUGCACUUGCCUAUGUUUCUCCAUCUUCAAAAACUGAUCUGAGUGGUUGCAAAGCAUCUUGCCUUGGCAACUGCUCCUGUAUGGCUGUUUUCUAUGACAAUAGCUCGAGGAAUUGUUUCCUGUUUGACCAGAUUGGUAGCUUCCAAAACUCUCAACAGCAGUCUGAUUUAGUUGCUUUUGUCAAGAUGUCGAGCAAUGCAAAUGGUGCAGGGGAUGGAGGUGGCAAAAAAGGCUUCCCAUAUGUUGUGAUUAUAGUUGUUUCUACAGUGCUGGUUAUUUUUGGCCUAUUUUUUGUGUCAUACCGAUACUACAAGAAAAAGAAGAAAAUGCCACAAUCUCCUGAAGAGACUUCAGAAGAGGAUAAUUUCUUGGGAAGUUUAACUGGGAUGCCUACUCGUUUCACUUACAAUGAUCUUCAGACUGCUACAAAUAACUUCUCUGUUAAGCUUGGGCAUGGAGGAUUUGGCUCAGUAUACCGAGGAACUCUUCCAGAUGGAACUCAAAUUGCUGUGAAGAAAUUGGAACACAUUGGUCAGGGAAAGAAAGAGUUUCGGGCUGAAGUUGGUAUCAUUGGCAGUAUCCAUCAUCUGCACCUGGUCAGGCUGAAAGGCUUCUGUGCUGAAGGGAGCCACCGACUUCUUGCGUAUGAAUACAUGGCAAAUGGUUCCUUAGAUAAAUGGAUCUUCAGGAGAAAUAGAGAAGAACCCCUGCUGGAUUGGGAAACAAGAUUCAAUAUUGCAGUGGGAACAGCAAAAGGGCUAGCUUAUCUCCAUGAAGAUUGUGAUGCAAAGAUUGUGCAUUGUGACAUAAAGCCAGAAAAUGUAUUGCUUGAUGACAAUUUCCUAGCCAAAGUCUCAGAUUUUGGCUUGGCAAAGCUAAUGACUCGAGAGCAAAGCCAUGUUUUCACCACUCUAAGGGGCACCAGGGGUUACCUUGCACCUGAGUGGAUCACAAACUACGCAAUAUCAGAGAAGAGUGAUGUUUACAGCUACGGCAUGCUGCUGCUAGAAAUCAUUGGCGGAAGGAAAAACUUUGACCCUGAAGAAUCUUCGGAGAAAUCUUACUUGCCGUCCUAUGCUUUUAAGAUGUUAGACGAAGGGAAGCUGAGAGACAUCCUGGAUUCGCGGCUGAGUAUCCAAGGAGAAGAUGAGAGAGUUUUUACUGCUGGCAAAGUUGCAUUAUGGUGCAUACAGGAAGAUAUGCAUUUAAGGCCAUCAAUGACCAAAGUUGGUCAAAUGCUAGAAGGUCUCUCCCCUGUUCCAAAGCCGCCAAUGUCUUCCCCAUUGGGUUCUCGCCUUUAUUCAAAUUUCUUUAAAUCGAUGACCAUGAGCGGAGAGGGCACAUCCUCAGCCUCAGGACCAUCAGACUGCAACAGUGAUGCUUAUCUUUCAGCUGUGAGGCUUUCUGGUCCAAGAUAACAAUUGCUGAAGAUGGGGGAGUUUGGUGCAAUUGUUUCAUAGAUUGUAUCAUGUUUUAACAUCUCAUCUGCCCUGUAUAUUUGUUAGAUUUAUUUUUCAAAAAUUUUUGUAAUACUAGCUAUUAGCUGAUACAAAUCAAGCCUCAGGAUCAUCCCUUUUUUCUGUAUAA